UGGCGACAGAGUGAUGGAAAAAGUCAAGCAAUGCCAUAAUUUUUUUAGAAUAUUGCGAUGUCUCGCCUGGCUGACUACUUCGUCGUAGUAGGAUAUGACCACGAAAAAGAACGAAGUGGUGUCAGCUGUGGUAAGAUUAUACAACGAUUUCCAGAAAAGGACUGGAAAACAUGUCCCUUCCCACAAGGAAUAGAACUGUUUUGUCAACCAACAGGAUGGACAUUAUCCACACAGAGACAGCCUCCAUCUUUUUUUGUGUCUGUCCUGACAGACAUCGAUGCCAACCGCCAUUACUGUGCCUGUUUGACUUUUUAUGAAACGGUUGCCAUCAGUCCAACCAAACCCGAUGAUGAAGACACUGAUGAACAAGACUCUGCCCUUGUUCAUCACUCUCUUAUGUUUGCUCCCAAAAGUCUCUUGCUAGUCUCAAGGCUUAGUUAUUUUGAAGCUUUUAAGAACUGUCUGGGUAUUAUGUACACCGUGUAUGUGGAAAAUCUACAGGUACAGCUUGAAUCAUUGGUUGGAAAUAUCCUGGGCUGUGUUCAUGUUCCACCCGCAGGUGGGCCGCAAGUACGAUUUUCUAUUGGUGCUGGUGACCGACAAGCCUUGCAGCCACCACUGAAUCCAACCCUUCCAGUUACCAAUGUGUGUGUGGCACAGAUUUUUGACGAACUUGGUAUCAACAAUGUAAUGACAGUGCUCUUUGCUGCCUUGACAGACCACAAGAUUCUGUUCACCUCUCAGAGUUAUUCCCGACUCACAGAUGCUUGUGGUGCAUUCAUUGCUCUGCAGUACCCUUUCAAAUACAGUUAUGUGUAUAUUCCCAUCUUGCCAGUUUCUCUUCUGGAAGUUCUUAACACUCCAACCCCAUUCAUUGCUGGCAUUCACUCCUCACUCAGAAAUGAUGCCAUGGAUUUGGUGGGACCACUCGAUGUAAUCAUAGUGGAUCUGGAUGGUGGUAGUCUGCAUAUACCAGAGUGUGUUAGCAUCCCUGUGGUGAACAACAUCACUCUGUUCAGAACGAAAAAAUCUCUAGUCGAGAUUCUAAAACCUGACCUUCUCAGUGCUGAUAAUGCAUUUCCACAGUCACCACAAAAACAGCCUUCAUUUGCACAAAAAGACAAGGAAAUUCGAAGUGUGUUCAUUAGGAUGUUUGCUGAACUGUUUAACACAUAUAGAUCCUGUCUGACGAUAAUACGCAUUCAUCCAGAACCAUUUAUCACAUUUCAUAAGGCAAAUUUUCUGGGCCAUCGUGGUAUGGUGGAUGAUGACUUUGUGGUACGUGCACUUGACGGAAUGGGCUUCAAUGCCUUUGUGGCUGAGCGUGGACCUCCGUACAGAGUCUGUGAUAUUUUUGAUGAGGUGUAUGCUACAAUCCCCGAUCAGCUACACGAGGAGAAGUCAAACCCAAGCAAGAUGAGAGAGCAUAUCAAGGAGCUAGCCCAGCAGCUAACACUGAAUGAGCAUCCCAAUCCACAGCCAUAUAUUCCCAAGGUUCCAAAACCUACUGAAGGAUCAUAUGCCAGAAUUCACCAGCCUCCAUUCCCUAUCUUGAACUGGAACCUAAUCCAAGAGAUCAUUGAUGAGGGUACAGCCAAAAACAGCAUAAAGAACAAAUUGGUGAAUGUUCGUCCUUACCAAUCUCGUAUUGUGCCAAAUGGAAAGCCGAUCAGUGCCACUGGAGACAGGCAGAGCAUGGUGGAAAACAAUGCAAGAAGGCUGGAGGUUUUACGAAACUGUGUCAAUUUUAUCUUUGAAAACAAAAUCUCUGAUGCAAGAAUAAUAUUUCCGGCUGUGUUGCGAGCACUGAAGAGUCGUGUGACGCGUCUGGCCCUCACACAGGAGUUGAGCUUCCACGUUCACUCGAACCGUGCUAUGUUAGAAAACCAGCAGUUUGACCUGGUUGUGAAACUCCUCAACUGCGCACUGCAGAAUGACUCAAGUCUUGAUGAGAGUGGAGUUGCUGCAGCCAUUCUACCACUCGCCACUGCGUUUUGUAGAAAACUGUGUACAGGUGUAAUCCAGUUUGCAUACACGUGUGUGCAGGAACACAUCGUCUGGCAGAACCAUCAGUUCUGGGAGCAGUCGUUCUACCAAGAUGUUCAGAAGCAGAUUCGACACUUGUAUCUACCACAGUACGAGGAACAUCUAAUGAUAGAAAAAGCACCAGAUAAAUCUCAAAGUCCAUUGCCGACUAGCAACGGUAACAGCCACAACAGGAACUCAUCAGCAACACUGGAAUCGAAGCGGUCAUCUGAAAGUUCACUGCACUCACGGGAAAUCAGUGCCCUUGAAAUAGCAGCCGAACAGUUGAGAGUAUGGGCCAGUGUUCCGAAAGAGCAGCAACAAGAGAUGGUUUUGAAUGAGGAGUCAACUGUUUACAGUCAGGCCAUUCAUUAUGCAAAUCGGAUGGUUUACAUGCUUGUUCCUCUAGACGUGAAUCGGUCGCAUAAAAACCUUGCUGGUUUUGAUGGUGAAAGUAACAGUAACAGCAACAUCACAACCAGUAUUGCAGAAAGUGAUAGUUUUGAUGCCGAAAGUGGCUUUGAUGAAACAGAACAUUCUGAUGUUGGAUCAAAUGUGAUUCGGUUCGUCACUCGCUUUGUGGAUAAAGUAUGCAAUGAAGGUGGAGUUACUCAGGAUCAUAUAAAGUCCUUGCAUCAAAUGAUUCCAGGAGUUGUAUCUAUGCACAUCGAGACUCUUGAAGCAGUAUCUAAGGAGAGCAAGAGAUUACCUCCUAUACAAAAGCCAAAAAUAUUGAAUCCAACAUUGUUACCCGGUGAAGAAAUUGUUAUGGAGGGUUUACGAAUCUAUCUGCUGCCCGAUGGCCGCGAGGAGGGAACAGGAGGCAUCGUGGGAGGUCCUAACCUCCUCCCGGCUGAAGGGGCUGUCUUUCUCACCACAUACAGGAUUCUCUUCAAGGGAACUCCUUGUGAUCCUCUCGCGUGUGAGCAUAUUGUGAUACGCAGUUUCCCGGUGUCGACCUUGACCCGUGAAAAGAAGAUUAGCGUGCAAUACAUCCCACAUAUAGAUCAGUGGGUCCAGGAAGGACUACAACUCCGCUCCAAUGUGUUUCAGUUGAUGAAAAUAGCUUUUGAUGAAGAAGUGGGUUCUGAAAAUGUAGAAACAUUCCGUAAACUUGCGAAUAAGGUGCGAAACCCACCCGAUGUGUUCAGUACAUAUGCAUUUAUUGGUCAUAUGGUUCAACAGGCCACUCCUUUGCACAAGCAUAAAGAGAAGAAUGCCUCGUUAAGGCAUUUUGCUAAGAAAACUUUGCUGAAGACUGCACGAAAGGCUGGCAUCAAGUCGAAGCCCUCAACUCAUAAACAAAAAUAUGUGCUUCCAACUCCACCCAUGUUGAGGAAGAACAUCUCUCCACGAUCCUCAGACAGCGAAUCAGAGAGACCCAGCAGUGAAAUAUUUGAUGAUUUGUCCAUGAUUGAUGAGAAUGAGUUUGCCAGUUCCUUGUCGAGUGAUCCGAAAAACCUGGAGAGGUUAAUGGAGAGAUCCAGUUACCAGGAUUUGGAGCGUCUUGGACUUGGCACUUUGUCCACACCCGGGCAAAAAUCACACUCGGAACCUUUCCGAAUCUCAACAGUCAACAAAAGCUACUCUGUCUGUAGAAGCUAUCCAGCACUCCUGGUUGUACCACAGACUGUGACAGAUGAAAGUAUACGCAAGUUCGCACGUUGCCAUCGGCAGUAUAGGUUUCCUGUGAUAUGCUGGCGGCAUCCUAGAACAAAAGGCUUGUUGUUGCGUGCUAGUGGUUUUCACAGCCGUAGCCUGAUGGGAAUGCUGAGGCACAAUCCAUCAACAGGUACAUCAAGUGGAGAAGCUUCUUCCAGCAUUGAACAGGAGAAAUAUUUCAUGUUGCUGGUUGCUGCAACACCGAGCAGUAGUCGAUCACACAACAGUGCGUCAUACAGCGACUCGCUGACUAGUCUCAAUUCGUUAAUGAUGGUUGGCGGGUCAGAUUCACUGAAUAUUCCCGAAACUCCAGAUCUGCAUCUACGCCCUUCGUACAAAGCAAACUCAUCAAGUCGUGGCAAUGGCAACCGGAAGAAUAAGCCUGCAUCACUGAAUCGUAUUGGUAGUCUGAGAGGUAAAAACCGAAUGUCUUCAACGAGCAUGGAUUCUCAGUCUCAAGCAAAUGGCAGUCUUGACUACCGGGGCGACCUCAUCAACAGUUCAGUUAAAGGACUUCACAAGGUGGCGCUGUAUGUUCUAGGAGAGAAGACUCAGAUGAAGGGCAUCAAAGUAGAAUCAUUUCCGAAGUGUGAUUUCAUCCCAGUUGAUUUCUUUGAAGUCCGUCAUGUGAAAGCUAGCUUCAAGAAACUCAUGAGGGCUUGUGUUCCCAGUACAACGACCUCUUCACAGACUGAGUCCACUCUGUACAAGGCGAUUGAGGAAUCGGAAUGGCUGCAGCAGGUUCAGAAUGUUCUGCAGCUGGCGGGAGCGACGGUGGAUCUGUUGGAUGUUCAGGGUUCGUCUGUGAUGAUCUGUCUCGAGGAUGGAUGGGAUGUCACCACACAGGUUGUGUCUGUGGCUGAGAUUUUGCUAGAUGCACACUAUCGCACUAUAGAGGGCUUCAAAGCUCUGGUAGAGAAGGAAUGGCUGUCAUUUGGUCAUCGCUUCACUCACCGUAGCAACCAAACUGCAGCUAACCAGGCAAGCGGAUUCGCUCCCAUCUUCCUGCAGUUUCUCGAUAUUGUUCACCAGAUACACCACCAGUUCCCUUUGUCAUUUGAGUUCAACCAGUACUUCUUGAAGUUUCUUGCGUACCACUACGUGUCGAACCGGUUCCGCACAUUCAUGAUGGACAGUGAGGUUGAACGUGUUGAGGCCGGCUUGUUGCUGGAGGGCAAGCACCUGCUGAACAUCGACGACGGCGAUGACGAGCUCGGCUUCCAGCUGCGCUACAACCACAACAGCAGUCUGUACUCGUCUGUGUGGGACUACAUCGACAAGCACCACCGCCGCUCACCACUCUUCUACAACUUCUUGUACAGUCCUGACGAAACAGUUCUGCGGCCAUAUUCGAACAUCUCCAACUUGAAGAUAUGGGACUACUAUCUGGGUGAAGACUUGGCAAAUGGUCCUUCAUAUGACAUUGAGGUGGCCAAUCGUGAACUCCGACAAAACGAAGAUCAGGAGUCAGAGGCCAUGGAAAUCAGUCGCAGAAAAAUACUCAGUGGUUGCUAUGACAACAUAAUGCUUCAAGAACCGAACUUCUUUGAAAAGCAGUUUAUGGAAAUGCAUCAGCUGGAGAUCGAUUUGGGACACUUGCCACAGAAGUGGAAGGUAAUGUGGGACAAGUUGGAGUCCCCCGUACGUGACACAGUCCACCGACAAGUAUCCUUCAACACCCAGCUAGUGCGCUCGCAUGGUCGCACCAUACACAAGCGGUCCACACUGGAGAUCCUCGUCAAGGGCAAGCUGCUGGGCGAAGCAGCCAGGGCGUUCAGCCAGCCCCAUCGGUUUGAGAAGCAGGCGUAUACCACACCAGUCUACUGCGACUAUUGCACACAGCUGUUGUGGGGACUGUCAAAGACAGGCAUGCACUGCGUUGAUUGUGGCUAUAACUGUCAUGAAAAAUGUCAGCCCUUUGUUCCAAAGAGCUGCACAAAGCUGAAGACGGUGGCUGACACAAGUGCCAGCAGCUCCAACAUAUCACAGACCGGUGUCUCCAAUACCAGCUCCACAUCUGUUGCUACAUCACAGAUUUAUGAGAACUUUCCAGCAAAUGUUGGAGAAACACGAACUCAUGAAGGCUACUUGUACAAACAGGGUGCACUGCUGAAGGGAUGGAAACAACGAUGGUUUGUUUUGGACUCCAUGAAGCAUCAGAUGCGAUACUACGAUGCGGUAGAAGACUCCAACUGUAGAGGCUUUAUUGACUUGGCUGAAGUGGAGUCCGUACAGCCAGUGAAGGGCUUCCCUGGCACCUCCAAGAAGUCGGAAGACAAUUCAAUAUUUGAGAUUCGGACAGUUCGACGACAAUACAACUUCAUGGCAACAAGUCCUGCUGCGGCCCAAGAAUGGAUUGACAAGCUACAAAGUUGUAUACAGUAGUAACAGAUAGCAAACAAAAGACUUUAAGUCAACCAUGACUCUUAAUACAAAUGAUCGGAUAUAAUUUUCGUCUCAGUGCUAUAUUUGCUUUUGCGUAGUGACUUAAUAUAUGGCAUUGUGAAUAGCUGGCACAAGACUAUAUGAGACUAUCUUCACUUUGUGAUAUGAUCAUCUUAAUAGAUAGAACUGCAUAGUGGUGAAGACAUGGUGAUUUUCAUGGAAAGAUUUUGUCAGCUUAGUUUUUUUCAGACUAAUAUAACAUUUUGUUGGGCAGUGACAUCAUUAGUCUUUUGUUUUUUAAAUAUGCUGUUAUGGGAGAUGAUGCAAAAAAGCUUUGCUUUGUUAGGAUUAGUUUAGCAGAAAAGUUGAUUAGUAAGUGACAAUAUGAGCCGAGCAUGUUGUUAACUUACAGAAAGUGCUAUGGGUUUCCGCAAGAUGUGUUGAGCGUGUAAUACAUCAGAUGAGUUGGCAGCUUCCAGGACAUAUUGGAUGUUAUGACAGAUGAAAAUGCUCUGGAAUGCUCUAUUUUAGCUCUACCCAAAAUGGUUCCUGCUUACAGUAACAUCUACUUUUCUGGAUCUUGUAAAUGUUUUGGAUCAUUUUGUUCAAUAUUAUUUAUAUCACAUGAGAUUUUGUAAUAUACCAACUAAAAACAUAAAAUGGUUACCAAGUAGGACAGUAUGAUAGAAACUUUUAAAAUGUCAAUGGCUGCCAAGACAUGUAGAAUAUAACAUAUACAGCAAAAUAUGUUAAAGAGACUGUUAAGACCUAGAAUACUAUACUAGACUGUCUCACAGUUUGAUGAGCAGCUCAGAUACAUAGAACAAUUGAAACAAACGGACAUCAUAUAUCUAUACCAACUAAAAAUAACCGAGGUAUGCAUGUUGAGAGCUUCCAGGAUAUAUAUAUGACAGUGUGAUGCUGUCAAGAUUAUGAUGACACUAAAUGAGAGAUUCUGGGACACAUGAUACAAGUGAAAGAAGGUUGAUGCCAAGAUAAAUAGGACAAUUACAACAAUUGAAAUGCCUAGGAGCAUGGUCAGAUACAUAGAACAUUGUUAUAUAUCAUAUGAAAGUAAUUGUGAGCUUCUGGGUUAUGCCUGCUUUCCAUUAAAGUUUAUUGAUACAGUACAUAUAUGCAGUACCUUUUCCUAAUUCGUUAUUUGAUACGCAGGUAUUCAGCAUGCUGAAAAAAAGUCAAUCGAUGGGUAUAUUCCACAUAAUUACCCUUCAAACAUAGAUCUAUACUAAAACAAUAAGUGAACUAUUUUGGCUUAAAAGUACACUUUGACGACAGUAAUCCGUUUGUGAAAAUGCUGAUAUGAAAAAAUACAAUUCCACAUGUGGAAAUGCAUGGCGUUAAUGGAAAACAGGUCUUACAGAAGACUGUUUCAAACAUUAGUAGAAGGAUGCCAAGCUCACUUAGACAUUAUGAUGAUAGAAAGUGCCAGAAAUGAAGGAGCCAUAUAAGGGCAUACCAGAAAUUAACAUCUUUAGAAAUAUACCUGUUUUAUACAUGCUGCUUAAUUACAUAAUAUGGAAGAUCAGUUGGGUGACUUUUUACGUCUGCUUUAUAGAGGUGGCUGCUUGAGCAGGAUCAACUGUAUAGGACACUAUGAUACCUGAGUUCUAGUGUCGGGAGCUGUUGGAACGUAUUGAAGAUACACCACCUACCAGUAACUGAUAACAUCACAGAUCAGCUUUGCAUUUUUGAGAUCUUUCACUUCAUAUACUAGAAAAUAUUAUGUUACUCCAGGUGCAAAUGUCAAUAGCUAUCAAGAUAAUACUGAACAGGAUUAUAGACCAGCUUUUUCGCUUUAUUUACUGGACGAUUUUGUACACUAUUUGCAAGUAUUGGUAGCUGCCACAAUAAUAUUAAUUAACAGCAUAGACCAUCUUUAUUGUAAAUGUCGAAUAGCAGUAGUUACCAAUUUAAACACUGAACAGGCUUGUAGACCAGUUUUAUAGUUUGUCUGUUAUGUAAUUUGUUUUUAAAAGGACAGAAUCUUGCUUCAUUAUGUAUCAUGAUUCUGAUGUUUACAGAUUUGGUCUCCUGAUAGAAAGGUAAACUUGUGCAGCUGAUACAAAGGGUAGCUGAUGGAAACCAGCAACAUUCUCAUGCAAAAGCUCUAUGUGAUCAGUUUUCAUUAGUUUACUCAGUGGUAGCUUUAUCUUUCUGUUGCCAUUAUUCUCAUGAAUAUCUUCCCGUUUCAUCCUAAUAAGAAUUUAUGUACAAACAAAUGCCCCAUGAUCUCAGAGAUUUUGAUGUGAAUGUAUUUAUUUAUUUGCUGGCUGUUGAUUGUUUAAAAUUAUAUUAAAUAUAAGUGUAAAAAUAUUAGAUAUUAAAUGAAACUUGAAAAAUUCAGUUCAUUUUCAAAAUAAAAUAUUUAUGUAAUUUUGUAAUGGCUCUGUUUGAAGUUAAAAUCACAAAAUAUAUUAAACAUGAAACCAGCAAAUAAAAAUAUUUUCACAAUAUUUAUAUUAACCAUUUUAAAAAUUCUUAUACCUUAUCAUAUGCUAACAAUAAUAUAAUUUGUAACAGAAUGUUAUUAUUUCUUAUCUGCCGAUAGUUGAGAUUAACAUAGCAAAUAUUGUACAAUGGUAUUUUAUAUUUCACUAUAUUACCUAUAAUUGUUGAAAAAUAUUUGUAAACAUUGAAAACAUGGCACUAUUUUUAUUUAAUUCUCAGAGAAUUUUCAUCUUUGGGGUUAAUGUUAGUGUGGAAAGCUUACAGUGUAUAUUAGUAUAUGCUUGCAAACGAUAAUGUAGUUUACGGGUUAUUUUCUUGUGUGUAUGUGUUGACUACAACAUUUUAUAUGUCUUCAUUUAUUUUGUUUUCUCACUUAAAAUCAGAAUAAAUUAUAAUUUGAUAGUUUAUCAUUGAGAUCUGGCAUGUGUGAAUCUUUAUUUGAUAUGCUUAUAUUAACCUGUAUUUGACUCCGUCAAUUAGCUUUUUGUGCUUUUGUUUAAUUACCAUAGAAUGUAUGUCAUUCAGGAAUGUGCCUAUGCUGUACAGAGCUAAGCAUAGCUCAGGGACGGAUUUUCAAAGUUGGGGGGGGGGGGGGGGGGCUAAUUUUUAUUGUUGUAUAAAGUGUGUUGUGCGAAAACACCAGCGCCACAGGCGCAAAGCCUCAAAGCUCCAUAAGGAAAAUUUUAAAAUAUUAACCCCUUCAUAGCGAUUCUGACAUGGUUUUUUUACGGCUUAUUACCUGAGACAUUUUUGACCAAAUUUUUAAACAUUAGAACAUUAAAACUGGAGAAGGGGGGGGGGGGCUGAUCCCCCCCAGCCCCCCCUAGCUCCUACGGGCCUGUAGCUUUCUUCACAAACUGGUUUACAGUAAUGGAGAUGACCACUGAAAAGUGUUAAGCUAUACAGCAGCUACUUUCAAGUGUAAGACCUGCUUGUGAUCAGAUUGUGGGGGUUUUAUUCAGCUUGGACUCAAUUUGGGGGGAACUUGUGCCCAAGACAGAUAUGCUUCAAUCUUCAGUGGACAUGUCAAAUGGUUGGUUUAUAAAUUGAGGUUCUUACCUUUAAUAUAUACAUUAGGCAUAAUCAUUUGAUUUCUCAUUAUCGCCAAUUUCCAUUUAGUAUUGUUCUUGUCAGUCACUAGACUUUAACUGUUCAGCAGUUGCUUAUAUAAAGAAAUCAUAUGCAGAUUUCAGCUGUUGUCAUUCUUCAAACUAUUUUGUAUUAGACUUCUUUUUUUAAUUUUGAACUUGGAAAAGAAAAAGUAGGUUUCUAGUUAAUAUCCUGUUACAUGAGGUUAAGUUGUUUGUUACAUUAUGAAAUAUGUAUUAGGGAUAUAAUCAUUAUCAAAAUUAAAGGGCCUAUCCUGAGUUUACAGUGUGGAAAAAAGUAAGUGUUGAGCUACUAAAAGUAAUUCAGCAUACUGAUAUUCAAACUCUAAGUAUAGCCCUUUAACAGAUGGGUAGUUUGUUUAAUCUCGGAAUUAGUCCUGUGUCUGGAACAUGAAUAUCAUUAUAUGUAUUUGAAUUAUUUUCUUGGUUCUUCAUUAUUUACAUUUAUACUGGGAAUAUGUCUUGGUCCUUAAUAUAUUUUAUAAAAUGUUGGCUACUUAGUUUGUCAUGUAAUGCAUUUAUGUCAUCUUUCAAUUUUUGAUAAAUAAAAUAUUUUUGUUGGUUGAGUUUUGGUGAUACUGUCAACAUACAAAUUUCAUGGUAAAUGUUAUUUGUUAAGAGUUUGCUAGAAUGUAAACUGAAUACACACAGUGUGUAUAUUGUUGCUUGCUAUAGAAUGUCAUAAGUUCUUUUGUCUUUCCUACAACCUUGUAAAGUUGGUAGAUAAAGUGAGAUUACCGGUAAGUAAAUGUUGUCAUUAAUAUGUAAACAGUUAGACUUUUUACUGCAUUUACACUUGUGUACUUUUAUAAUGUGAAGCAAGAGAUGCCCAGGUUGUAUGUACUUCAUCUGUAUUGCAGUCGAUAACAAAAUUAUGAAGAAAGAAAACAUGCCCAUGGGGACAUUAUUUGGAAUGGGGUGUAGUUAUUUAGGAGAAUGUACUUGAUUAUUUACACCACAUGUAGUCAAGACACGUAUGCAUAUGAAUUUCAAUAAAAUUUAUAAUGUUCUAUAUACAAUUAACUAAGUACAUGUUUUAUAUAGGUUGUCAAAGAUUUGGUCCUACUGGUGUUAAAUAUUUUAAAAUUAAUAUAACAUGAUUUCUAGUCAUAACUUCUUCAUAUUGCUGUUGUCAAAUUCAUUUAGUCAGUACAUUUUAACCAAAUAGCUCUUUUGCUACUACAUGUAUGGUAACCUGUAAAUGACAAGUUCCAUAUUUGAGUUUAAUGAAUGCAGUACAUGUUCAUGUCAAAUGUAAAAUAUGUUUGAAUAAUAUAAGCUUUUAUUAUCUUUUAUCUACUCUAAAAUCCCACCACAAACAAGCUUGGAUAUUGUCAAUUCUUCAUUGUAAGUAAACUAAAUAAACUGACAUUAAUUAGAAAAAAUAAUUCAUGGAAAUUAUUGUCAACUUUUAAGACAGAUUUAUACUAUGAGUCCAAUGUAAUAGUAUUUUUUUUUUAAAAACCCACUGCUAUAUUUCAUUCUUAUUGUUUCUUUAUAUUAUACACAAAGCUUAUAUGUUAUUCCAGCAUAUGAAUUCUGUUCAUAGUGGCAAGUAUUCUAACUUAAAAUUGGAUAACUACUGAUAAAUAAAUUGUUUUUAAAAGAAAUUUUAAAUCUUUGCACCAUCAUCACAAAACUUCAUGCUACCAUUCCCCGAGAAAACAAAAGCCCCAAUUUAUGUGGGUAACAUAUUUGUUUUUGAUAAUAUGUUUUUCUUAUACAAUCAUUGGUGAAAAUGUAUUAUCUGUGACACACAAGUUGAUUAGUCUGUGAUGCGUAAAAGUUGGCUACAGGCACAAGGGCUGUGAAUAUGUUUUAGUUGCAGAAGACGUUUAAAUUAAUUUAAAACCUGCUUUUGAGGAUAUGUAAGAAACAGAAUACAUACUAUAUUUGUGUCUGUUACAUGUAGAUACCAUUUGUCUUGCUUUUACUCAUUAGAUACAUUUUAAAACAGGUCGUAAAAUAAAUGGUAUUUAAUGGCCUCUCCUGUAGUAUUCUAUUUUUAAUGGUAGUAUGGGAAUAUGGUUUAGAAGUUCACAAACUGCUUAAAACAUUAUAUUGUGAAACAUUCUAAAUCUAAAAUUAUUGUAAGUGUAUAUUUGUUUAUAUUGUAUAUCUAAAGUGAAUUAAUUUCACAUAAUUCAUUUAACUGUGGGUGAAUUUUAACAACUAGCUGUGUCUGCAGAAAAUAACAUGCAUACAGGUGUGAUGUUUCAAUGCUUUAAUAAAUGUACACUGCAUAAUUACAUAAAUUAUAGUCGUUUGCUUCAAAAGGGAAUGAAUGAACUGACAUGUAACUCUAUAAUGAAUAAAGUUAAAAUUCAUAUAAAAACAUACCAAUUCAACAAUUUUUUACAAAUUACCAUCAAAUUGCAUAGGUUAAAUCUUUUAUAAUACUGGUAAGAAAGCAACUUGUGGAACAGCCAAGUUUGAAACCAACUAAUGGAAAUGUUAUGAGAGUUGAUAUUGGUUUAAAACUUUAUAAUACAUUUUUAUAUGGGUUUUGGCAUUAUUUAGAACAGUCGUAUGUCAGUUCAACAGUUCCCCGUGGACUAGUAUGAUUCUGUUACAUAAACAGUUUUGGUUUAGCAAGGGGUUUUACAUUUGUCAUCUUCUUUUAUCAGAAAUUCUUAGCCUACUGUGCAUUUUGAUUUUACAUUAAAUAACCUACAUGUAUUUUGGAUGAAUGGUGAAAUUGUAAUUUUUGGUUAAUAAAUAUUACCAUACAGA